AUGUCGCUCUCACCACCGCCUCCAGUCUCUCUGAGUUUACCGAAUGCAGCUGCAAAUCCCAAGAAGCGUUUGUCUAUCGCGUCGGCCUCGUCAAACCCCCCAAAUCUGAAGCGCCAGCGAACGCACCCUCUACGGCAGACGUCAUUUCCUAUAUCCGCGGAUAAUGACCCGCGCGUUUACACAGGGGCUAGCUCAAGGUCAGAAGCCGAAGUAAGCGUAACAGGAAGCUUCACUGGGUCAUUUGCUGGAAGUGUUGGUGGCAGUACUGUGGGUGGAAGGGGUAGGAAAAAGAAGAGUAAAAAGGACAAAGACGCUGCGGCAAGUGUGAAAGGUGGAGCUGAGAGUACUGUCGGUGGGCGCGAUGACACGGGUACAUCUGUGAAAAACGGAACAAACCAGGGCGAUGAGGAUGGAGAUAAUGACGAUGAUGAUUACAUCGAGGAGCCCGAGAUUGACGGAGGUGCAGCCGUUGAUGCGGCUGCCGAGAAGAAGAAUCUUGCAAUUUUGAUGGAUGCAUUCAACCCUGAGCAGUCAUCCCGAUACGAUUGUUUCAAGCGCACCAAACUGAAUAAAUCCACCCUUCGGAAGAUCGUCAACCAGACACUAUCUCAAUCUGUUCCGCCUAAUGUCGUCACCACCAUUGGAGGUUAUACCAAAGUAUUUAUUGGAGAAAUUAUCGAAAAGGCGAGAACAAUUCAGGCUGAAUGGGCAGAGGCAUUUGAUGCUGGUGCAAUAGCCGAAGCCGAAGCUGAAGAAGCAGAGCAGCUGCGCAAACGGCUGGAGCAAGAAGCAAAAGAGAGGGGAAAUAACAGUAUACAGACUCUAUCACAAACAGCCAACGGAAAUAGUUCCGGCAAUGCAGCUGUGAAGCUUGAAUCACCGGAAAAUGGGGCAGGCACCGAUGCUAUGAAAGGCGUCGAACAUGUGCCUCACGUUGCAGCUCAGGGCACAGGCACUAUGCAGGGGGCUAACUCUCUUGAUAACCCAACUUUUGCGCCGAAGAAGCCAAUCAAACUUCCACCAAACCCGCAUCGUGGUCCACUUUUACCGUCGCAUAUUCGUGAGGCUUUACGGCGAUAUAAACUCAGUGCGCAGGGGGACAACGUUGGAUUCUCCGGCCUAAGUCUGAAAGGAUUUGGUGUAAAGGGGCCAUUCUCAUGGAGUGUUAGGGGAACUGGCGGGAGAAGACUCUUCAAUUAA